GGGGCUGUGGCGGGGGCUGUGACCGGGCUGUAGCCGGGCUGUGACCGGGCUCUGAUCGGGGCUGUGACCGGGGCUGUGACCGGGGCUCUGAUCGGGGCUGUGGCCGGGGCUCUGAUCGGGGCUGUGACCGGGCUCUGAUCGGGGCUGUGACCGGGCUCUGAUCGGGGCUGUGACCGGGCUCUGAUCGGGGCUGUGGCCGGGCUCUGAUCGGGGCUGUGACCGGGCUCUGAUCGGGGCUGUGACCGGGCUCUGAUCGGGGCUGUGACCGGGCUCUGAUCGGGGCUGUGGCCGGGCUGUGACCGGGGCUGUGACCGGGCUGUGAUCGGGGCUCUGAUCGGGGCUGUGGCCGGGCUCUGAUCGGGGCUGUGGCCGGGCUGUGACCGGGGCUCUGAUCGGGGCUGUGGCCGGGCUGUGACCGGGGCUCUGAUCGGGGCUGUGGCGGGAGCUGUGACCGGGCUGUAGCCGGGCUGUGGCCGGGCUGUGACCGAGCUGUAGCCGGGCUGUGACCGGGCUUCGGCCGGGGCUGUGACCGGGCUGUGGCGGGGGCUGUGACCGGGCUGUAGCCGGGCUGUGGCCGGGCUGUGACCGGGCUGUAGCCGGGCUGUGGCGGGGGCUGUGACCGGGCUUCGGCCGGGGCUGUGACCGGGCUCUGGCCGGGGCUGUGACCGGGCUGUGGCGGGCCCGCCAUGCGCUACAACGAGCGGGAGCUGCUGUCCCUGGCCCGCCAGCCCGCCGAGAAAGCGGCCGAGAUCCGCAUGAGCGUCCCCAAGAAGGGCAACGUGCUGAAGAAGCGCCUGGUGAAGCUCGUGGUGAAUUUUCUCUUCUACUUUCGCACCGAUGAGGCCGAGCCCAUUGGAGCUCUGCUGCUGGAGCACUGCAAGAUCACCAAAGAGGAGGAGAACGUCUUCUCCAUCAGUUUCAUCGAGGAGCCAGAGAGGAAAUACUGCUUUGAGUGUGCCACGGAGGAGCAGUGCCUGGAGUGGGUCGAGGCACUCAAGAGAGCCAGCUACGAGUUCCUGAGGAGGAGCCUGAUUUUCUACCGGAGCGAGAUCCAGAAGAUGACGGGGAAGGACCCCCUGGAGCAGUAUGGAAUCUCUGAGGAGGCUCGUUUCCAGCUGGGAGCACACAGGCAGUGACCCCUCACCUGGCUGGAGCUGGCUCCUGGCUGCACCCCAGCCCCUGGGCAGGACAGCAGCUCCCCACGGUGACCACGUGACUCUUUUAUUUAUUACCCAAACCGUUUUGUAUUUUGGUUUUUUUUAAUAAGGGACUUCGUUGCACAUUCCCAGUUCCCCAGCUGGGGAGGCUGAGCUGCUCCGUGGGUGCUGCAGUGGGAGCAGAGGCAGGGGCUCACCGAGCUCCCAGCUCUCCUCCAGGACACCCCAGGCAGCUCCAGCCCUUCCCCUGCUCCUCCCUGUCCUGGAGGGGCUGCUGGGCUGCCCUGGAUCAUCCCUGCCUGGGAGGGGAUCUUGUGACUGCUGCAUUUUUAGCUCCAGGAUUUAACCCCUCCAGGGAGAACUGGGAAUUCCUCCAGCCCGGCCACAGCUCCAGGUGGUGCAGAGGGGCACCUGCAGCCCUUUUGGGCUUUCCUUCUCCCUCCCCUGGGCAGGUGCUGUAGUUCCUGGGGGCUGGAUAAGCCCAUCCACAAGAAAAAAGCUGCAGAACACGAGGGAGCGAAGACAGGGAGAGAUCCCUGUGCGAUCCUGCCUGUCUGCAGAGCUCUGCAGUGAUCCAGCUUCCCGGCGAGGGGAGGCAGAUGGAGAAGCUGGCAGAGGCAGGAGCUGCUCGCUUUGCCUGGAGCUGCAGGACGUGCGCCAGCUCCGCCAGGCGUUAACCCUUCAUUCCCUGAGCCACUGCUGCAGCUUUCCUCCCUUCUGUGUGUCCCCUUUGUCCAAAGGGGCAGACCAGAAAACUGUGCCAAGGUCACAGUGAGCUGCCAGGGAGCCAGGGCUGCCUGUCCUGGAGCUCCUGCAGGGAAGAGAUAAGGAUUAGGAACAACAUCCCCACAGGAUCAGCCCUGGCUCCGGCUGCACCAAGGAAAACUGCCCAGAAAUGAGGGAUGGAGGACACUCCCCACACCCAGGGCUGCAGCAGCCGCAGAUUCUUGACUGCCAGAGCAGCUUCCCUGGAACCAGUGUGGGAAAAGCCCCAGGACAGGCCCCUGGAAGGUCCCAGGUGUCGCUGUCAGAGGCUGCUGGCAGCAGGAGCGGGGCUGGGGCUUGGCCUGGCCUUUGGGAGCUGCAGCUCUGGGCGUUGUUCCCCUCCAGCUGCCCAGCCCAGGGAGGGGGUGGAGCAGCCUCUGAACUGGGAUUGAAGGGAAUUUGGGGAUCUUUUCCUCCUUGGCUGGGAAUUAAUGCCCAAACCAGAGCCCACGCUGCAGCCUUUGGUAUCCUGGUGUUCCGUCUUUACCUCACGCAGCUGAGUACCAGGAGUGACACCUGGCACUGAUGCUUUAAUCUCCAAGCUGAGAUUUCCCCCUUCUCCCUCCCCAGAUAUUCCUAUCCCCUUGAAUCAUUCCAGGUGCUUGCUUCAGAAAUUACCAAAAUCAGCCGAGGGGCAGCUGCCCUGGGCAGCAGGGAGGGAGCAGAACCAGGGGGGCUGCAGACAGAUGGCAGCUCCGGGGGAAGCAGCAGCCAGGGAUUAAAAGCAGGAACACACAGGAGCUGUGCUUUAGGGAAUCAGUAUCCUUGGAUGACUCCAAAGUGCAUUUUAAUCCUGCCCAGCCUGCAUUUUUACAAACCAGGGCUGAGUUUAUUGUAGCAAAAUUGUCACCUGUGCCUUGCAGGGCUCCUCGCUGAACCUUUCCCCAGGUGGAGCUGCCACCCUGCAGCAUCUCUGUGCAGAAAAUGGGGGGUUUAUUUCCUCUUCCAGGGGACAGCUGGGUGAGCGGGAGCAAAGCCCAGCACUGAUUUAAAUGUUUAUCACCAAGGGCAUUUCUUAACUGAAUGUACAACACAAGCUGUGAAGAGCUGCCAGGGCCAGGCCAGGCCCGGGGACUCCGGUGUAGGGCAGGGCUGGGGUGGGGUGGGAUUGAGGGAGGGAGGAUGGUACUUUGUAGAGACUUUGAAAUCUGCAUCAACUGCUGGUGAUUUACAGACAAUUGCUCGUUUUUCACACUCUUGAUGACUUUGCUUGUGUUUCCAGGCUCCCCAAGAGCCAGCUGAAGCCAUUUCUCUGUUGUACAGUGAACAUUCCCAAUAAAUCCUGUUUUAAUCUUUGUGAUGGUCAGAACUGUUGUACAACACCAAAACCUCCCUGGAGGGGCGGCUGCAGCCGGCCCAGGGGCUCCAGGUGUGGUUCCUCUCAGGAGCCAGCUGGGGAUGGCUCCACAAAGGCCUUUGCAGGGGCUUUUUCAUACAAUCAGAGAAUAUUCUGGCUUGGAAGGAACCUCUAAAGGUCACCUAAUCCAGCUGGAUUUGGUGCUGGAGCCUGGGCAGUGCAGGUGACAGACCUGUGUAGGAGGAGGAGCUGGGGGAGGCCGUGGCCCUGCAGGGGCUGCAGGCUCUGGGUGAAGCUGGGGCUGUGUCUCGUUUUAAAUCCUACACUGAAUUAGCUCAGGAAGUGUUUGUGGCCUCCAGCUCAGGUUUAAACACAUCCCUGGCUGCCUGGGGGGUUGCUGCACUGGUGCCACUGCUGGCUAAAAGGGAACAAAGUUUGGAUGGGUUGGGAACCAUGGAAGCGUUCAGGUUGGAAAAAACCUCUAAAAAAAUCAAAUCCAACCAUGACCCAGCCCUGCCAUGGCCACCACUGCCCCGUGUCCCCAAGUGCCACAUCCACACUUUGUUCCAACGCUCCUGGGCUGGUGACUCCACCCUGCCCUGGCAGCCUGUUCCAAUGCCCCACAACCCUUCCAGUGAGGAAUUUCCUUCUCCCAAUAUCCAACCUCAACCUCCCCUGGCCCAGGCUGAGGCCAUUCCCUCUCCUCCUGUCCCUGUUCCUGGGAGCAGAGCCCGACCCCCCCGGCUGUCCCCUCCUGUCAGGAGCUGUGCAGAGCCACAAGGGCCCCCUGAGCCUCUGUCCUAGGGUAACUUUAUGAUGCUUGUAUCCCCAAUCGUCUGUUCUGUUUGUGCUGUAUAUUGAGUCCUGUGCCUUUAAGACUAGUUCUAAGACCUGGAAAAGCACCAGGAGCCUCCACAGAAAAUCCACCCCACCAAGAGCAGCCCUGCAGAUCUCCUUUUUCUCCCAGCGUCAGCAGAGACAGAGCAGUAGAGCACAGU